AUGGCUGAAGCCUACCAUCCAGCCGUGUGCUAUGUUCACGGCAAUGACAAGUUCACAUCGGCGCUCGAGGUCGCGGUCGCAUCGAAUCAAACCAGCACAGUCCAGCUCCUGCUUGAUCGUGGUUUUGAGCUGAUCAUGUUCGAAGAUAGCUGUGUUGCUGCUGCCAUUGCGGUCAAGAAACUGCUUGCGAAUGGUGCGGAUAUCAAUCUAGGGGCUGGGCUUCAUGGCACUCCUUUUGUCAAUGCCAUCAUCAACGGGAAUGAGCAAAUGUAUCAGCUAUUCCUAGACCAUGGUGCGAAUACCAAUCCAUUAGAGUUAUAUGCCUUGUUUGAAACCCGCUUCAGGCUGCUUUGGUCAACACACUACUCGAUGCCGGAGCCGACUCCUCCAUCGAAGGAGGCUAUUACGGCUCGGCGCUACAGGCUACUGCAGUGUCUGUUCUUGGAUCUGGGUGUACCGGUCAAUACCGGCGUAGGGAAGUACGGCAAUGCGCUUGCGGUAGCACUGAAGAAGCAUGGUUGGGGCGCCGAUAAGGAGACUGUAAAGAUGCUCCUCGCCCACCUCGCAGACGUUAACCAGGCGGGCGGUAAAUAUGGAACGCCGCUGUAG